UGGUUCUAGUAAAAGGGGAAGUUGCAAGAAGAAAGAAAAAGGAGGAGACGUGAUCGGGGUUGUUGAAAUUAUUUGUAUGUUCAACAAUACGUAUCUGUCCGCACUGCGACCUUUAUUUUGUGUAUAGACUCGUGUGUGGUAUUCUGUGUUCGUCAACCGCCUGGCACUCAGCUGAAGCCCUGACAGCAUAGUCAGACGUGCGGGACAAACACUGACCGAGGGAUCUGACUAGGCCAUGGCCAACAGGGGAGGAGCUACGAGACCCAACGGGUCUAACGCUGGUAACAAGAUCUGCCAGUUCAAGCUGGUACUUCUGGGGGAGUCGGCAGUGGGCAAGUCCAGCCUGGUGCUCCGCUUCGUCAAGGGACAGUUCCACGAGUUCCAGGAGAGCACCAUUGGAGCGGCCUUCCUGACCCAGACAGUGUGUCUAGACGACACGACGGUGAAGUUUGAGAUCUGGGACACGGCAGGACAGGAGCGCUACCACAGCCUGGCGCCCAUGUAUUACAGAGGGGCGCAGGCCGCCAUCGUGGUCUACGACAUCACAAAUGAGGAGUCAUUUGCGCGGGCCAGGAACUGGGUGAAGGAGCUGCAGAGACAAGCCAGCCCCAACAUUGUCAUCGCCCUGUCUGGCAACAAGGCUGACCUCGCCAGCAAGAGAGCCGUGGACUUCCAGGAUGCCCAGUCAUAUGCAGACGACAACAGCUUACUCUUCAUGGAGACGUCGGCCAAGACGUCUAUGAAUGUGAACGAGAUAUUCAUGGCUAUUGCAAAAAGAUUGCCCAAGAGCGAGCCUGCGGCCACAGGAGCUAACAGCGGGCGGAACAGGGGCGUCGACCUAACGGAAGCCGCCCAGCCAACUAAGGCCCCCUGCUGCAGUACUUAAAGCGAAAUCCCCCCCCCCACACACUGCAGUAACUAAUGUGAUGACCCCCGCCCGCCCAAAACUCUGAUCUGCAGCAAUGAAAAAAGAUGCCCUUUGAACCCCCUUCCCAUUCUACCCUUCUCCUCCUCUCUGCAGUAACUAAUGCAAAGCAACGCCCUCAUCUAUAGUUCUCUCAACGACGCCCUGCCCCUCCCUCUCCCCUACUGGUUCUGCUGUUACUAAUUGAGACGCCUCACACCUUCCUCCUUCUUUUCUGAAAUUAGUGCCCGCCUUCCCUACCUCAUUCUUCCUGACUAUUGGCAAGCAGCAGGACUAAGGGACGGGGCAACUCUGAUGGUGGUCUCAUCUCCUGGGUAUAGCUACAGACUAUCGCUCUGUGUUUCUAACACAAUCUCUGUCCUUUCUGUUUGUUUUUUUGUUUUGUUUAUUUUUUUUUAUAGUGGGAAUUAUGGAUGCAUGUAUCACUACAUGGCCUAACUUGAUGAUGAGAAAAAAAUCAGUGUUAACUUUAUUCAGUGGCUCAAAAACAUAUAUUUGAGAGGGAGAGGGGCUCCAAAGGUUUGCGAGGGCUAAUUCUAAAGAAAAGACUGUUUAGCAGUGCUCUUGGGUUCCUUCUAGUUUCUCUCUGUUGUUCUCUGUCUACCCUUAUCUGUCUCUUGAGUAAUGUAUUCAUAUGCUUUGCCCACUAAACCUUUAGUAGCGCUAGUAUAGAGUGUCUCCCUUCUGUCUCUCUUUGUCCCAUCCCAGGGCCUUGCCUGCUUCUAAUGCUCAGCCCCAAAUCAAACCCUAACCCCUUAGGUCCCUUAGGUACUUCAUGUAGGUCUGAGAGGAUUUGAGAUCUAAACAAUCGGGUGAACAUUCCACCUAGCCUAUCGGAGGGCAAGGUGGAGCGAUCCCCGUAAUGCUCACACCUAUUCAAUUCUCUCAGGUCUACCUAAGGGGUUAGAGGGCAAUUUGGGAUUGGGCAUAGCUGUCCUAGUGGCAUCGUGCAAUGGUUCACAGUAUUGGCUCUGUGAUUUCUUCAGUGUCUGCAAGGACCUUCACACUGCAAAGCAACCUGCCUCCACACCCACCCCAACCCUACCUACUAUCACCACCUUACCCCCACCAACCCUACCUGCUAUCACUUCCUUACCCUUCCCAACCAUACCUGCUAUCACCACCUUACUCCCCCCAACCCUACCUGCUAUCACCACCUGCUAUCACCCUCUUACCCCCACCAACCCUACCCGCUAUCACCACCUUACCCCCACCAACCCUACCUGCUAUCACCACCUUACCUGCUAUCACCACCUUACUCCCCCCAACCCUACCUGCUAUCACCCUCUUACCCCCACCCAACCCUACCCGCUAUCACCCUCUUACCCCCACCAACCCUACCUGCUAUCACCACCUUACCUGCUAUCACCCUCUUACCCCCACCCAACCCUACCUGCUAUCACCCUCUUACCCCCACCAACCCUACCUGCUAUCACCCUCUUACCCCCACCCAACCCUACCUGCUAUCACCACAGUAUGGCAUCGGGCCUCUGAGACUUGUUCACAUGUUCACCCCCUGAAUGCCAAGUCUCCAGACCCCUUUCCAUCCUGACCUGAUGGUCUCUGUCCGAGGGAGGGGUUAUAUCCUGAUCCAUUCUGGUUACAAUGUCAGAUGAUGUUCAUUACGUCUCAACAUGUAAUGGAUGAGAUUAGGUCAUGGUUCAGGUUAUGAGGCCUGUCCAGGUGUAAACAAGAUGCUGGCUGGAAGGCAGCUGUUUUCCACUUGGAGAGACAGGGGAGCAUGAUGAGAUGACCUCUGUAGGUGUUGAGAGAGGAGAACAUGGUGAGGUGACCUCUAGGUGUUGAGAGAGGGGAACAUGGUGAGGUGACCUCUGUAGGUGUUGAGAGAGGGGAACAUGGUGAGGUGACCUCUAGGUGUUGAGAGAGGGGAACAUGGUGAGGUGACCUCUGUAGGUGUUGAGAGAGGGGAACAUGGUGAGGUGACCUCUAGGUGUUGAGAGAGGGGAACAUGGUGAGGUGACCUCUAGGUGUUGAGAGAGGGGAACAUGGUGAGGUGACCUCUAGGUGUUGAGAGAGGGGAACAUGGUGAGGUGACCUCUAGUUGUUGAGAGAGGGGAACAUGGUGAGGGGACCUCUAGGUGUUGAGAGAGGGGAACAUGGUGAGGUGACCUCUGUAGGUGUUGAGAGAGGGGAACAUGGUGAGGUGACCUCUAGGUGUUGAGAGAGGGGAACAUGGUGAGGUUACCUCUGUAGGUGUUGAGAGAGGGGAACAUGGUGAGGUGACCUCUAGGUGUUGAGAGAGGGGAACAUGGUGAGGUGACCUCUAGGUGUUGAGAGAGGGGAACAUGGUGAGGUGACCUCUGUAGGUGUUGAGAGAGGGGAACAUGGUGAGGUGACCUCUGUAGGUGUUGAGAGAGGGGAAUAUGGUGAGAUGACCUCUGUAGUUGUUGAGAGAGGGGAACAUGGUGAGGUGACCUCUAGGUGUUGAGAGCUUCUUCAUUAGGAGCCAGCUGACACUGUGGCCCUGGGUGUGUCCCAAAUGUCACCCUAUUCCCCAAAUCGUGCACUGCUUUUGACUAAAGCCCUGGUCAAAAGUAGUGCACUAUAUAGGGAAUAGGGUGCCAAUCAGGACGUCUCUCUUUGUCAUGGUCACUAUUCCUCCCCUGUUCUUUAGGAAGUGCUGUGGGUGUGGGGUUGUGUGUACACAGAGGGAGACUGGACUGUUUGGUGAUAAAACAUCCUCAGAGACAACAAACACAGUCAGACGCAGGUUUAUUUCUCUAAACCCUUCCAGGUCUAAAUAACACACACAAGCUAAAACACGGCUCGCUCACACAUGUACACUUUUGUGUUAUUCUUAAACCCUGGACCUGUUACACACACACAACCCGUCCUGAUCAAUAACUCUGUCCAGGUCUCUUCCUCAUGCCUUGCACUAAUGAUUCUCAUGAAUAUAUCUUGUCAUAAUUACAGCCAGUGUGAUAUAAAUAUAUAUAUAUAAUAUACUGUACAUAGGGUAUUGCAAUGUAGUCUACUUUUUCCAUUUACAGUUGACAGGACUAAUGCUUGCUAGGGAGUUGUCUAGAUAAUCAUUAAACUGUACAGUUAGCAGAAAACAGCUCCAGUGUGGGUUUGGAGUUGUUUUCCCCCCACAAAAAUGUUUAAAUUAUAAUCGAUGGUGGUCUUUAUAAAUGUAAGUGUUAUUAACAAACAAAAAUAUCUUGCAUUUCUUUAGUGGUCUGACUUAUACUUUAUUUCUCAAGAAAAGCUAAAUGAUUAUUUUUUGGUUUCUAUUUUUUAACAUUCUCUCUCUCUCACAUUUCACUCAUUUGUGAGUGAUCUAAAGUUAGGAUGCCCUGUCCACUACUCCUCAUCCCACUAGAACUGAAGUCACACACAAUACACUGUCUGGCUGUUGAAUCCCUGUUGGAGCAAAGCGGAAAGGAUUUGAAAAACAUUCACUUUCCGCUUGUCUUACAACGUCUCAGUAGGAAUGUAACGACGUUGUGGGUACAAUGUUAACAACCUUAGUAGGAGAAGAAAGACGGCUCUGUUCUACUGUUGGGGUAUUAGCUGGUGGAUCAUGAUGAUGAAUAAAUGGAUUAACUCAUAGGGAUGUACAUUGUAUACAUUUUUGUUGCUGUGGCCACUUAAUUGCAGCCGGAAAAAAAUCAAAUAAAUGCAAGCAUUUUACAGUACUGUUAAAUAA